AUGGCACGGACACGCAGCUUCCCGUGUCCAUGGGCCACCUGUAAAAAGGUUUUCAAUCGCAAAUCGGACCUGUGUCGACAUUACCGAAUACAUACCAACGACCGUCCGUAUCACUGCGAGUUUCCAAACUGUACAAAGAGCUUCAUCCAGAGGUCUGCCCUGACUGUCCACUCGCGGACCCACACCGGCGAGAAACCGCAUGUUUGCGACGUCCCGAACUGUAGAAAAGCAUUCUCAGAUUCAUCCAGUCUUGCACGACAUCGGCGGAUACAUACUGGCAAGAGACCCUAUAAGUGUCUCGAGCCGACUUGUGAGCGAAGUUUCUGCCGGAAGACCACCUUAACAAAACACCAACAUCGUUCGCAUCAGCUAGAACUCUCUUCGCAGGCCCAUUGUAUUCCGCAGCAUUCUCCUCAGGGCAUAUACUCUCAACCACCAUCUCAACCACCGCCCGUAUUACCACAAACAACACAAAAUAUCACCGAAUCCCUACCAGCAUAUCAACAGGCCGGAAUUAUGAUUAGUGCCGCUGAAUUCUAUCCAUCCCAAACACAACCAGUCCACGCAAUUCCAGUUGCUGCCGAAAAUACCGUCCUUGAUCCUGAGAUCCAGUACGUUGGCAGUGGGAUGGUAAUGCAACCGCAGAUUCAACGCUUCGAUGUCACCCCAAUCGAGUCUCUUACUCGCUUUCAGCCCAUACCUCCAAAUAUUGUACCUCACUUCGAAGCCCUAGCUCCAGCGCCCUAUGGUGGAGUCUUCCCCCUAGACAACAAACCUUUGGGUCCACGCAUUCUGGAUCCAUAUCCGGAGCGAGGAAAUUUUGAUUUCUUAGGCCUGGAAGGCUGA